CUUCUUGCCUUCAACAAAGAUGGCGGUGCCCGCGCAGGCUCCGCGCUCGCCGGGGCGCGCCGGUUAGUCCCCCAGCUCCCUGGUGUUGCCAAGGACCAAACGUCACUUCUGGCUGUUCCAGCACCACUUCUGGAUGUUAAAGGUUGAAGUCUUUCAAUCUUCAGACACUUCCCCACUCCUCUUGUGGUGCUGCAGAUUGCCAGAUGGAUGCCAGAGACAAGCAGCUUUUGCGCUCGAUGCGCCUGGAGCUCUGCACGGAGGUGCUGGUGGAUGGAGUUGUCAUUCAGUAUCUCUACCAAGAAGGGAUUCUCACAGACAGCCAUGUUCAAGAAAUAAAAGCCCAGACCACCACCCAGAGAAGAACCAUGAUGCUCCUUGAUAUUCUCCCCACCAGAGGACCCAAGGCCUUUGAUGUGUUCCUGGACUCCUUGCAGGAGUUCCCGUGGGUUAAAGACAAGCUGGUGGCCAAGCGCAAGGAAAUGACAGUGCAGGAUCCUGCAGGUGCCACCGAGCUGGCCCCGCCUGUCCUGGAGGCGGCACCGACGGACCAGCAGCUGAACCGGCUGGCCAGGAGGCUGGGAGCCGAGUGGGAGCACCUCGCCCUGUGCCUGGGUCUGUCCCACACUGACAUCUAUCGAUGCAAGGUCCAGCACCCGCACACCCUGCAGUCGCAGAUCCUGGCCGCCUUGGUGCUGUGGCGGCAGCGGCAGGGCAGGGCGGCGACCAUCCGGAGCCUGCAGGCCAGCCUGCUGACCGAGGAGCUGGAUCCUUCCCUCAUCCACUACAUGCUGGAGUGA